ACAUCCAUCCGUACAUAAAACUGAGUCCGGCCUUGACAAUGUUAUUCUUACGCGGUGCGUCACUGCGUUACGUUAAAUCGUACAGUUCUAGUGAAAUAUAUUUAAUUCUUAUGUAAAAACUACGUAAAUUAAAUAGUAAACAUAUUCUGAAAAUAUAAGAUGUGUAUAUUAUGUCACGAGACUAAACUGCAAUAGUCAUAGCGGUAACGAUUCGUGACAGUUAGUGGAUCGAUGAAACUUAACCUCUUCAGACUUGUGAUCGUUUAACAUUUUAUUCAUUAAAUGAUAACUUAGUUAAACACAUGAAUGAUAACGAAACUGUGAAAAGUUUAUAUCGCGUUUUAGUGCAUUGUUAAAUUUAUCUGAAGGUCUAUUUGCCGACUCCUAACCAUGGCUAAACGUUUGCUGUCAAGAAUAAUUUUAAACUCUAAUGGAACAACAUUAAAGUCGCCUUUGCCUAUACUCAGUAAAAAAGUGCAUACUCAGAUACCAGUCAAAGAAAUCCAGAUCCCAGUGAAGUUUGGUCACAUGUCAGGAAAACUAUGGGGCAGCGGCGACAAGCAGCCCAUCCUGGCGUUACACGGCUGGCAAGACAACGCGGGCACUUGGGACCCCUUGAUACCCAUGAUCAUUAAAGAUAGACCUAUACUAGCUCUGGACUUCCCUGGACAUGGGCUGUCGUCGUGGAUCCCACCUGGCAUGCUGUACUACCAAUGGGAAUUACCUAGAGUUAUACUAUAUCUGAAGGAGUACUUCAAGAUGGAAAAAGUUUCCUUAAUGUCUCAUUCUAUGGGAGCAAUAGCAUCGAUGCGUUUUGCAACUGUGUUCCCAGACGACGUCGAAUUUUUUAUUGCAAUAGACAGUCUUAUUUAUGACGAUUACGAUUUAAACUCAGUAGUGAAUAGAAUUUCUAAAACUUUAAGAAAGGGCUUAAUCGCACAAACACGGUUAGACCAAGAACCACCCGCGUACACAAUGGAGGAAAUGAUCAAAAUAUGGCAUUUAGGAACAAGGAAAUCCGUCUCAAUGGAGAGCGUUCCGCACCUACUCAAAAGGGGCGCGAAGCAAACCAAGGCAGACCCAACGAAGUAUUAUUUCUCGCGUGACUCCAGAUUAAAAUAUACCUUAUUUAAUCCAGAAGACAGAAAAUUUGUAGAAGCCCUCGUUAAAAGACUAAAGUGUCCAACUUUGUAUGUGAAAGCUAUAGACUCGCCAUUUUCGGCAGACCCUUACUCCAUAGAAAUGCGUGAAAUAUUAGAGCAAAUUAACGACAAGUAUGAAUUCCAUUUUGUUCCUGGCACACAUCAUGUGCAUUUAAAUAAUCCUGAAUUAGUUGCACCUCUUAUUAAAAAUUUUGUACAGAAGCACAACUUGAGUAUUUGAAUACUGUGAUAAAAAAUCUCGCAAAUUACGAAGUGUAGACAGCAUAUACAGAAGAAACCAUGUUUCAAAGAUAAGUAAAUGUUUAUAUUGUUGCAGACAUAGGACUUGCGUAAGAGAGAAAUUCUAUAAUUUGCAGUAAAUUGAAUAUUAUUCAAGACAUGCUUCUAAACUUCAGCUGCCAGUACUUACAAGUUUUAAUACAUCACAAGUGAUUGUAUAAAUCCAAAGAUUUGUGUGGAUGCUUGAUGGGUGGAUAAAUACACGAUAAGAGAAACAGUAAAAUAUAUUGUUGUCUUUGUGGCUAUAUGCGUUUGUCCAGUAGUAUAUUAAAAGUAUAAAAGAAUAAUAACUAAUAUAUUUACUAAAGUGAAAAAUCUUUGAUAUUAUUUAUGAAUAAAUUAUAAAUAACUAAUGCAGCCGAAGAUACUGAGUCUAGUUUUGAGCUUCUGUUUAACUGUUAUAUAAAUAUGGCAUAAUAAUUGUGAUAUAAAUAGAUAUAGAUUCUUAAAAAAAAUGUUUAUUAUUCUUUUUAGAAGUAAACAUAACAAGAAUUAUACAUAACAAAUAUACAUAUUGUUGUAUUUUCAUAAAUAUAAACUUAAUUUUAUACCUCACUGUUACAUGAGAUGUCUUGGCUUGAACUAGAAUUACUAACAUUGUCACAAACAUAUGCACCUUUUCUGAGCGGUAAAACUUUUAAUAGUGCCUCUUGCCAUGGCACCCCUUCACACACCCUCAGGACUAUCUCAAAUACUGAAAACAAGCAAUGAUAUUAUAGUUAAACAAUUUAAUUUUAAUUUAGGAAAUAU